AUGGCUUUUGCAACUCCUGUUCAGAGAGGCGAUUUUUCCUUCAAUGGGGAUUUGUACGCAGAUGCGGGAGACUUCAAUCGUCACAAACGAGCUUCCGUAGUUGAGCUCACCAACAUACUUCGUCCAGACCUCAAGAAAUCAAAAGCCAGCGAUGGGCUGCAAAUCAAAGACCAGUCGGCUCACUUCUUCGCGGCGCAAUGCCUACACUAUGGUCUUCUACCAUCGAAGAACAAAGCGACGAGCAAGAUGCGCCUCCUGGUGGCCCUUAACAAAUCAAGCCUUGGUGUACCCACGAAUAUCGUCAACAUGGAGGCAGAGAUGAAGAAGGAGUACGCGACAGCGGAACGAAAAGCUAAAGCUCAGUACAAGGCAAAUACUUCCGCUUCCUCACCAGUCAAUGCACCUACAGCAGCCCCCAAGAAGCGAAAGCAGCCCGAGCCUGCUCCAAGUGUCAAAUCAGGGAGUAGCACCGCAAAAGCGAAGCCGUCAGCAACACCAAAAGAGAGCGGACCACCUGCGAAGAAAGCAAAGACACAAGCAGCACCUCAACUAAAAGAGAAGGCGACUACUACAAUGCCAAAACAAACUGCACGUAGUUCGACACUAUCAUCAGUUUGGAGGAACGCAAUACAGCAAGGUCUCCCUGCCCCAGGACCACCACCUGUUGGUUAUCACAUCACUUCAAGUGGAGGACUAGCAAGUGACAUCGAUGGCUCCGAGCCACAUCUUCUUAGUAAUGUGGUGCCGAAUGCGAAGAAGGCUCAAGAGGUACCGAAGGUGAGCCAAGGCUCCAAAAUGAAAGCGGAGUCAAAGUCAGGAAAGACUCCUAUCGUGAAGAAAGAUCAUCUUGAGAAACAGGAUGGUGCUGUGAAAAAGGAACCUGCGGUGAAGAAGGAACCUACGGUGAAGAAAGAACCUAAGAUAAAGAACGAGCCAAUAGUGAAGAACGAGCCGGGUGUCCAAAAGAAGUCAAAGAUCAAGAACGAGGCUAAAAUCAAGAAAGAGCCCACCGUGAAGAAGGAGCCAGCUCUGCCAAAGAAAUCGGAGAUCAAGCAAGAAGCUAAGGUAAAAAAAGAGCCCACCGUGAAGAAGGAGAACAAGAUCAAGUCGGAGAGCUCCUCACGCCCAGUCGGGAUCAUCAACGGCAUUUACGACAUCGACUGCGAGCUUGAAGGGCAAUGGCCGCAGUUCGAACCAGAAGAUGGUUGUACCCUCACACUUACGCUUGACACGCCCAAUGUGUGGGGCGCCUAUGACUUUGGCAUGUAUUCAGGUAUCUUGCGCCUCGCGCACCGCCCGACCAUUGCCUCCCCUAACUCAAUCCCCUUCAAUUGGCGCGGUAGAGAAAAUAGUGAGGGCAUGAUGAGCUACGGAUCCUCUAAUGUGGGAAGUAUCUCGUUCUUGGGCGACGGUAUCAUCGGUGGCACAUUGAACGUCUAUGGAGACGUAGCUUUCCAAGGGCGGAGACGGCCGGGUCCUCCCACGCCAGUGAGGACAGCAUCAAGUAUGAGGAAUGAAUGGGAAGGGUACAAUGAGGAUGCUUACGAAGAGGAAAAUAGAGCGAGAUGGCAUUGA